CAUCUAACACUGUAAAAAUUAAAAUUUUAACAUUAAAUUGUAACAGUCUCAUAAGCUAUAUCCAUCAAUUUCCCAGCACCGCCACUAUAACAAAACACACAGAUUCAUUUCAUAUCUUUUUCUUUAUUUUACCUUUCUUUUCUUUCUUAUAUAUAUAUAAAUAACAUUGCUUUAUUUCUCAUGUCACUGUGAGUGUCAUACAUGAAAUUCAUCAUUGUUUUGUUUCUCACACAAUAAUUAAGGUUCUAGAUGGCAAAACCGAGUGCUGCUGAUAAUAGGACUAGAAGUUCAGUGCAGAUCUUUAUAGUAGUUGGUUUGUGCUGUUUCUUCUAUAUAUUGGGAGCAUGGCAAAGAAGUGGUUUUGGAAAAGGAGAUAGUAUAGCAUUGGAGAUUACAAAGAAUAACGCCGAAUGUGAUGUAGUUCCAAAUUUAAGUUUUGAUUCACACCAUGCUGGUGAAGUUAGUCAAAUCGAUGAAUCCAAUUCGAACACUAAGGUGUUUAAACCUUGUGAAGCUCGUUAUACCGAUUACACUCCAUGUCAAGAUCAACGGCGUGCUAUGACGUUUCCGAGAGAAAACAUGAACUACAGAGAGAGACACUGCCCUCCAGAGGAAGAGAAGUUACAUUGUAUGAUCCCAGCACCAAAAGGGUAUGUAACACCUUUUCCAUGGCCUAAGAGUAGGGAUUAUGUCCCUUAUGCUAAUGCACCUUACAAGAGUCUCACAGUUGAGAAGGCUAUUCAGAAUUGGAUCCAAUAUGAGGGAAAUGUGUUUAGAUUCCCUGGUGGUGGAACCCAAUUUCCUCAAGGUGCUGAUAAAUAUAUUGAUCAACUCGCAUCUGUUAUUCCUAUCAAUGAUGGGACAGUGAGGACAGCACUUGACACCGGUUGUGGGGUUGCAAGUUGGGGUGCAUAUCUUUGGAGCAGAAAUGUUGUUGCCAUGUCGUUUGCACCGAGGGACUCUCACGAAGCACAAGUACAAUUUGCUCUAGAAAGGGGUGUACCUGCUGUUAUUGGUGUUUUUGGAACCAUAAAGUUGCCAUAUCCAUCAAGAGCCUUCGACAUGGCUCAUUGUUCUCGCUGUUUGAUUCCAUGGGGAGCAAAUGAUGGAAUGUAUAUGAUGGAAGUUGAUAGAGUUCUAAGGCCUGGUGGUUAUUGGGUGCUUUCUGGUCCUCCAAUCAAUUGGAAGGUCAACUACAAACCAUGGCAGAGACCAAAGGAGGAACUUGAGGAAGAACAAAGAAAGAUUGAAGAGGUUGCUAAGAAACUUUGCUGGGAGAAGAAGUCUGAGAAGGCUGAAAUUGCAAUUUGGCAAAAGAUGACAGACACCGAAUCAUGUCGUAGCAGACAAGACGACUCCAGUGUAGAAUUUUGCGAAUCCUCAGAUCCCGAUGAUGUCUGGUAUAAGAAAUUGAAGGCUUGCGUUACUCCGACUCCUAAAGUUUCUGGUGGCGAUCUUAAACCAUUUCCAGACAGGCUAUAUGCGAUCCCUCCUAGAGUUUCUAGUGGCUCUAUUCCUGGAGUUUCUUCUGAGACAUACCAGAAUGAUAACAAAAUGUGGAAAAAGCAUGUCAAUGCAUACAAGAAAAUUAAUUCACUGUUGGAUUCCGGAAGAUAUCGCAACAUUAUGGAUAUGAAUGCUGGUUUGGGUAGUUUUGCUGCCGCUAUUCAUUCAUCUAAGUCAUGGGUCAUGAAUGUUGUGCCUACUAUAGCUGAGAAAAGUACGCUCGGUGUGAUAUAUGAGCGAGGACUGAUUGGCAUCUAUCAUGAUUGGUGUGAAGGCUUUUCCACAUAUCCAAGAACAUAUGAUCUCAUUCAUGCUAAUGGCCUCUUCAGUUUGUACCAGGAUAAAUGCAAUACAGAAGACAUUCUUCUCGAGAUGGAUCGGAUAUUGCGACCAGAAGGCGCUGUCAUAAUCCGUGACGAAGUCGAUGUGUUAAUUAAGGUAAAGAAGUUAAUCGGAGGAAUGAGAUGGAAUAUGAAAUUGGUUGAUCAUGAAGAUGGUCCUCUUGUUCCCGAGAAAGUACUAAUUGCUGUCAAACAGUAUUGGGUUACUGAUGGAAACUCCACAUCAACACAAUAAUCAGUGAAAAACAAGUUGAAGAAAUUGCACUCCUAGCCUUAAGCUGCUACUACUUUUCUAUAUACAAACAAUAGUCACAGAGUUCAUAUGGUUUGAUUCAUUAUCACAACUGUGGUAGAGUGAGGGGUUCACAUAACUUGCUCCAAGUUUAUGUUACAAAUCAGUUUUGGUGUUAAAUUAAUUAACAAUUUAGAAUGUUGCAUUCAAGAAUAGAAACACCCCUCUCUAUGUGCCACUAUUUUCCCUAAUAGUUUAUUUAUUUAAAUUAAAUGUUUUGCUUUGUACCAAAAGAAAAAAAGUAGUUAUAUUUCUGAAUUUUAAGUUGUAACCAAUCCUUUUGUUAAUUGUUUUGAUGAUAA